AUGGCCGAUCCUGAGAAGGCUGAGCCCUACGGCCUUGGUGAUACUUUCGGUGACAGUACUCGAGCAUCGAGCGCUCACCAUGUCGACGUUAAUCGUGCAGAAGAACAGUUCAAAGAACUCUCUAGGCAACUUUCUAAGCGGUCGGAAGCGGCACGCAGUGGUACGAAGUCAACAGAAUCGACAGCAGCCAGUCAUGACCUUGAGAAGGGUGCUGAACAUGACGAUGAUCAUUUUGACCUUCGCGAAUAUUUAACAUCGUCGAAUGAUGCGAACCAAAAGGCGGGCAUCGCUCAUAAAAAUGUAGGCGUUAUAUGGGAUAAUUUACAGGUGGAAGUCAUGGGAGGGAUGGAUAGCAAGUUCUACGUCGGAACUUUGGGAGGUGCUUUCAUAUCGUUCUUUUUGGCGCCUUUUCUUUUCCUGUGGUCUUUAAUAUCCCCCCUCUUCCCGACAAAUAAAACCUUCCCCACAAAGACGAUCAUUCACCCAGCUUCUGGGGUGCUCAAACCUCGGGAGAUGUGUCUCGUUCUCGGUUGCCCAGGGUCCGGUUGUUCGACCUUUCUCAAAACAAUAGCAAAUCAAAGAGAGGGAUAUGCGAGGGUGUCAGGCGAAGUUUUAUACGCCGGUAUAGAUGCAGCGGAAAUGCAUAAGACUUACAAGGGAGAGGUUGUUUAUAACCAGGAAGACGACAUCCAUAUCGCCACUUUGACAGUCGCUCAGACCCUGGCGUUUGCUUUAUCAACGAAAACACCUGGACCGAAUGGGCGUUUACCUGGAGUAACUCGCAAACAGUUCGAUGCCGAAGUGGCAGACACUCUCCUCCGGAUGCUCAAUGUUUCUCAUACAAAACAGACCCUUGUUGGCGACGAAUUCGUGCGUGGGGUGUCUGGUGGUGAACGUAAGCGCAUUAGUAUCGCUGAAAUGAUGGCCACUCGUGCACGAGUUCAAUGUUGGGAUAACUCUACCCGUGGGUUGGAUGCAUCGACAGCUCUUGAUUUCGUCAAGAGCUUGCGCGUUAUGACGGAUGUCCUCGGCCAAACUACCUUUGUAACUUUGUACCAGGCUGGAGAGAGUAUCUAUGAGCUAUUCGACAAAGUUCUUGUUCUCGAUAAAGGCCGACAAGUGUUCUACGGUCCUCCAUCUGAGGCACGAGCUUAUUUCGAAAACCUUGGAUUUCAAGCACUUCCUCGCCAAAGUACAGCUGAUUAUCUCACUGGAUGCACCGAUCCCAACGAACGUCGCUUUGCCGCUGGUCGCUCGGCUGAUGACACACCAUCCACUCCUGAGGCCCUUGAAGCUAGUUUUAGGAAGUCUCAGUACUAUGAUGACAACAAGGAAUCUCUCGAGAAAUACCGACUUCAUAUGGCAACCGAGAAGGCUGAUCAAGAAGCUUUCCGCGCCGCGGUCGCUGCGGACAAGAAGAAGGGUGUAUCCAAAAAGAGUCCUUACACUCUCGGGUAUUCCGGGCAAGUCAAGGCCCUGGCUGUUAGGCAAUUCCAACAGAAGCUACAAGACCGAUUCCAACUUUAUACCAGUUUUUCCUUGUCGAUCAUUUUGGCCCUGGUCAUUGGUGCUGCUUACUUUGACCAACCUACCACUUCCAGUGGUGCCUUUACCCGUGGUGGUGUAAUCUUUGCUGCAUUACUGACAACGUGUCUGGAUGCUUUUGGCGAGAUGCCCAUGCAAAUGGUUGGGAGACCCAUUCUGCGCAAACAGACAAACUACAGCAUGUAUAGAGCCUCUGCAAUUGCCGUCGCUAACACCCUCGCCGAUCUUCCUUUCUCUGCCACCCGUAUUCUCUUGUUCAAUAUCAUAGUAUACUUCAUGUCUGGUCUCCACAAAUCGGCAGGCGGUUUCUGGACGUUUCACUUGUUUAACUACAUUGCGUAUCUUGUCAUGCAGGGGUUCUUCCGUACAUUCGGCCUACUCUGCUUCAAUUUCGAUUCAGCCUUCCGACUGGCGGUAUUCUUCAUUCCUAAUUUUGUCGAGUAUACUGGCUAUAUCGUACCGGUGAUAAAGAUGAAGAGAUGGCUGUUUUGGAUUUACUAUGUAAAUCCCAUUGCAUACGCAUGGGAAUCUUGUAUGGAAAACGAAUUUAUGCGCAUUACGCUUACCUGCGAUGGCGCUGCCAUCGUUCCUCGUAAUGGCUUUGGACUCUCUAAAUACCCAGACGAGUUGGGUCCCAAUCAGUCGUGUACACUCUUUGGUGCCGAAAGCGGUAGUAAUCUCAUAUCUGGAAGGUCGUAUAUUUCCGCUGGCUAUGGCCUAGAUGUGGCAGACAUGUGGCGACGAAAUUUCCUUGUUCUUGUUGGUUUCUUCCUUCUUUUCCAGCUUACACAAAUUUUGGCCUUGGAAUUCUACCCACAAUAUGGCCUGGACCUAUCGAUCAAGAUUUAUGCCAAAGAGAACGAAGAAACCAAAAGACUUAACGCCAACCUUCGUGAAAGAAAACAGGCUAAGAAAAAGAUUGAAGAGAAGGAAGACCUUGUGGUCAACGAAAAGUAUAACGAUACUGUAAAACACAGAAAAACAUUCACUUGGGAGAACCUCAAUUACCACGUCCCGACCCCGUCCGGUCCCCUCAGGCUUCUUCACGAUGUUCAAGGGUAUGUCAAACCCGGAACUCUGACUGCCCUCAUGGGUGCCAGUGGUGCAGGAAAAACAACAUGUCUCGAUGUUCUUGCUCAGAGAAAGAAUAUUGGAGUCAUUACAGGAGACGUUCUUGUUGAUGGCCGUCCCUUAACUUCUGACUUUGCUAGAGGCACUGCAUAUGCGGAGCAAAUGGAUGUUCAUGAAGGUACUGCCACUGUUCGAGAGGCCAUGCGUUUUUCGGCAUACCUCAGGCAACCGGAAAGUGUUCCUCAAGAGGAGAAAGACGCCUAUGUAGAGGAAAUGAUCGAGCUUUUGGAACUUCAAGAGAUAUCUGAAGCACUGGUAUUCAGUCUCGAUAUGGAAGCUCGUAAACGUUUGACAAUUGGCGUUGAGCUCGCCAGUAAGCCCGAACUUCUGCUUUUCUUAGAUGAACCGACCUCCGGUCUUGAUGCUCAAAGUGCUUGGAAUCUCGUUCGUUUCCUUCGCAAACUAGCCGAUCAAGGACAAGCUAUUCUUUGCACUAUACACCAACCUUCGUCUCUUCUCUUUGAAAGCUUUGAUCGUCUAUUGCUGUUGCAAAGGGGCGGGGAAACAGUUUAUUUUGGAGAUAUUGGUCAAGAUUCCAGUAUUAUCAGAGAUUAUUUCGCCCGGAAUGGAGCCGUAUGCCCUUCAAACGUCAAUCCAGCGGAAUAUAUGCUUGAAGCUAUUGGCGCUGGUGUCACUCCGCGUGUCGGUGAUAAAGAUUGGAAGGACAUCUGGUUGGAGUCCCCUGAAGCGAAGAAAGUUAAAGAAGAAAUUGCCUUAAUCAAGAAGGAAGCUCUGUCACGCCCAGAUCCAGGUCGAGGAGAAAUGAGCACUUAUGCGACGUCGUUCUUCUACCAACUCAAAACCGUUGUACGCAGGAACAAUAUGGCGCUCUGGAGGUCCCCGGAUUAUAUUUUCAGCCGACUUUUUGUCUCUUCGUUCAUUUCCUUGUUCAUUUCCCUUUCGUUCCUACAGCUUGGAAACAGUGUCAGAGAGCUUCAAUUCCGGGUUUUCGCCAUUUUCUGGGUUGUUGUCCUACCUGCGAUUGUUAUGUCGCAGAUUGAGCCAUUGUUUAUCUUCAACAGACGGAUAUUCAUAAGAGAAUCUUCUAGUCGUAUUUAUUCUCCAUACGUCUUCGCCAUCGGCCAGUUGAUCGGGGAAAUUCCUUAUAGUAUACUUUGCGGUAUUCUAUACUGGGUGCUUAUGGUUUACCCUAUGGGGUACGGCCAAGGAAGUGCUGGUACCAAUGGCACAGGUUUCCAGCUUUUGAUCAUCAUCUUUAUGCUACUCUUUGGUGUGACUUUAGGCCAGAUGGUUGCUGCACUAUCUCCAAGUGUACAGGUGGCUGUCCUUUUCAAUCCCUUCAUCGGUCUGGUUCUUGCCACAUUCUGUGGGGUUACAUUGCCCUAUCCUACUUUGAUUAAAUUCUGGAGGUCAUGGCUGUACCAUUUGGAUCCUUAUACUCGUACUCUUGCUGCUAUGGUUUCCACUGAAUUGCACGGCCUCGCCAUUAAAUGCAACCCUGAUGAAUUUGCCGUGUUUAACCCACCAUCAGGCGAAACCUGCGCAUCUUGGGGAAAGCCAUUUUCAGAUACAUUUGGCGGAUACAUCGACAACCUUGCGGAUUCGGCGCUUUGCCGAUACUGUCAAUAUAAAAUUGGCGAUGAAUUCUAUACGCCUCUCAACAUCUCAUUCUCAAAUCGAUGGAGAGAUGCAUUCAUUUUAUUCGCCUACUUUAUUUUCAAUCUCAUUAUCACCAUCAUUGCUUCACGAUUCCUACGAUAUCAUAAAAGAUAG